AUGGCAACCGAUCCGGACUCGAGAACCGCUGCAACCAACCUGGCAGUGAAACAAAGCCCUUCCACGGCCCUCGACCCUGGCCCGGAAACUCGAUGCGAUUUGAGGAUAGCGCAAGCCAAUUUGAAGAUGGCAGAAGUGCGUAUGAAGGCUCUUGACACCCACACGCUUACAAUGACCGAGCAAUGGGACAUUAUCGCUAUUCAAGAUCCUCCACCCCAGUUGGCUUUUGCCCAUAGUUCGUUCAAGAAUCACCACAUUUGUUGUCGCGGUACCUCCCCUGGCGAAUUGGACGCGUUCAACAACCCCUGGGCUAUUGCGGCUCAUGAGAAAAGCGCACGCCUCAAACGCGACAAGGGCAUUUCGAAGAAGCUGAAACUUGUGCCUCUCUACAAGGUCGCAUUCUUAGUUUCCAAGUCGAUUCCUCUCGCUGAUUGGGCUGUCGACUGGUACCCUGGUGAGGAGAACGAGCGUCUUUUAGCAACGUUGUAUCUUGAAACGCAAUUGCCAACUCGUAUGGCCCUCCACAACGUCUACAAUGCUUACUAUGAGGGUCGGACGAAACUGAACGUGGAGGCUUUCAUUUCCACCAUAACACAAACUGGAUUCUGCCUCAUCGUCGGAGAUCUCAACUUCCCGCAUCCGUGGUAUGGAGGACCUCAUGUUAUACCCAAAUUGGAUGCUGUGAAAUUUGUCAACGAGCUUCAAGCAGCCCACAUGGAAUGCCUCCUGGAUCCGACAAAAAUCCCCUUCACCUAUACGCCCGGCCAGGUCAUAGACGAACGCGCCUCGACCCUUGACGUUGGUUUUGCAUCGCCGGCUUUCUCCCCACACGUUCAGGAUUACAAGUGCCUCGACGUGACCGGCUUCAAAUCGGACCAUCGAAUCCUGGAGACUACCAUCGACACAACCCCCAACUUACGGGAAGAUGUCUGCUACCAGUGGAACAAUGUUCCGCGCAAGGUCUUGCGCCAAGAAGUUGGCCCGGCUUUGAAGGCGCUUGCAUCACUUCCGCUAGAGACCAGGCUUGACAUCGACAACUACGUCAAGCGGGUGGUAGAGAUCAUUAUUUGCGCCCGGGAGAAGUUGGCUUUCAAGAGGAAACCGCCCCAGAUCACCACUAAGUCCAAGCGCAAGCCCGCCCAGUCAAACCCCCGACCCCAGGAAACACAGUCAAGCAGCUCAGCGGAUACCCAGGAUACACAGCCAAGCAGCUCAACUGACACCCAGGAAACACAGCCAGGCAGUUCAACUGACACCCAGGAAACACAGCCAAGCAGCUCAACUGUUACUCAGGAUACACAGCCAAGCAGCUCAACUGUUACUCAGGAAACACAGCCAAGCAGCUCAACGGAUAAUGACCCCAAAGCAGGCCGGACCUACGAGAAUUACCUCAAGGACAAGGACAAGGAAGCCUACCGUCGAUACAUGGACAUUCAGUGCCAGAACAUUCACAAGGUGUCCAAGGUCAGUGCCCAAAGGUCCAUGCCUCGGUCGUUUGGUCACAUUCCGGUCUUGGAAGAGCGCCUUCCGGACAAUUCGAUCCGCAAAUACAUAGACUUUGAUGACAAGGCCGAGUUCAUGGUUAGGACGCUUUUCCCAAUAUGUACUUGCGGCACAGUGCCCCCGUCGGUGUUUGACAUCCCAUAUCUCCCGGGCAACCUCGAUGAAACCGAAAGAGCCAGGCGGCAGAUCAAGCCUGAUGAGAUCGCUUGCAUUGUCCAGAACAUGCCUGCGCACAAGGCGGAAGGAAAGGACGGAGUUUCCAUCGAUGUUCUCAAGAUGCUUUUGCCGCUCGAGAAGAAUCCUGAGCGAGUGUUUGCUGGCGAUGCCGAAAAUAAUUCCGAAGACAUCCUCGAUUCGGAAGACAUCCUCACUAGCGUCCUUCAGCGGCCCAUGCAAGCGCUUCUUCUUGAGCAGUUUGGUGGCCGAGGGAAGAGCGCCACCCAGGCGCUCGAGUUUCUUGUCGAAGCCGUGUAUAGGAACUGGUUCGCCAAAAAAGAAAAGAUCUUCGUCACCAUCUGCGCCCUCGACAUCACGGGAGCCUAUGACCGCGUCCGGCGACAACACUUGCUGAAUAUCCUGGUUAGAUACGGAGUUCCCGGCUGGAUGGUCAAGUUUGUGGCAUCCUUUCUUUCCAGUCGCAGCACCACGCUCAAGGCAAUGCCCAGCAUGGAAACUAACAGGAACGCGAGGCUCCUCCAGUUAAAGGAACUUCUCAUUACAACAUUCGUGGACGACAUCACUCUGUUGGUUGCAUCUCCCUCGAUAAAGCAGAACAACGAGGCUCUGGCAAUAUUGUACCAGCUCCUGACCGAAUUUGCGGCUCUGAAUGGCACCGAGUUCGGCCCCCACAAGACCAAAGUCAUGCAUAUGUUGCAGAGGGGUCCCGCAAUCACAGACAUGCCCAAGGUUGACGGGUUUCCACUCAAGGCAGUAGAAAGUAUGGAAAUUCUUGGGGUCACGCUGGACUAUCAUCUCAAUUGGGUGGAGCAUGUCAACAAUGUUUUGUCGAAGGUCCGGAGGAAGAUGUUUCUUCUCCGCCGAAUCAGCGCAACUACUUGGGGCGCAUCGAUCUCGGAACUCCGCACGAGGUACAUCACCGCUGUUCGUCCUAUCGUUGCUUACGCAUGUCCCGUUUGGUUUGUGUUGAAGACCCCGGGGGGGCCUCCCUGCAACUGGACUCUAGCCAAGUCUGUCGUGGACCUUUUGGAAACACAGCAAAACAAUUGCUUGAGACAGAUUUCUGGCGCUUUCCCUCGCGCCUCUGGUCACGCUCUAUGCAAGGAAUUGUACAUUGAGCGGAUGUCUGUGUUCCUCCACAGGUGCGCCCGCGCGUACCGAGCCUCGAACAGGGGCACUCCGGAAGGCAUGGCGCUCUGCAAUCUCUGGGAGCAAACUCACGACCGCAUUCGUGUCACCAGCGAGGUUCUGCAAAGGCACCCGUACUGCGUCGCCUACCACGAAGCCAACACGCUUCUCAGGGUGAACGCAGAGUUACAGCUCGCCGUCGAGAUACAGACUUGGACCGUGCCGCCGGAUUCCGUCAGAGGCACGGCCAAGCGGGCCGCGAGGUUGAAGCAAAUCAUCAAGUCUUUGGCCAAGGACCUGGCAGAAGAGAGAAUGAAGGAGUCGUGGAUCGAGGUGUCCAACAAACGUCGUUGCUUACUCGGCAAGCUUGCCUACGACGCUCCAACCUGGAAAGGCACGUAUGGGAAACACAAUCUCGAGGCCUACAAACCUCUUCGCAAGGCACAGGGUACCAUUUUACUGGGCAUCAAAACCGGCAUCAACGGCUUGAACAAACCACUGUUCGACAUGCACCGGAAAGAAACUUUCAUGUGUCCUUGUGGGGAGCACGCCCACACUGUAGAGCACCUGUUCAUCCACUGCAAACUAUUGGACAGACCCCGCGAACAUCUUCGCAGGGCCGUGGGUGGCCGUCUGCACUUUCAAGCGCUGCUUGAAUGUUACCCGGAACUCGCUGCCAACUUUGCCAUCCGUUACUUUGGCCUAGAGCAAUUCAAAUGGACCGCGAAGCACAUGCCCAACCCACAAUUUCCCGACCUGCGCGCAGACAACCGCCUGGCCUUGCGGGACGGCCGCAGACCAUCGCCCGGGGCUACUACGUAA